AUGCCGGUUACAACACGUGCUGCUGCUUUGAAAUCUGGGACUAAGAAGGACAAUAUGGCUUCAGCUAGAGUUUCCAUUAAGAAAAAAGGACGAUCACGGUCACAGAAACAACAACAAACAAAAACGCAGGAAGAUCCACUACCGACGACUCUUGUUGCGUCUGAAGUACGUCCUGUCGUGGAGCAACAAUCAACAGAUCAAAUGGUUCUUCAUCUUGACGACGACAACAGCAAGAAGAAUGAUGAGAUGGAUAUAU